GCGGGCGGGUGGACGAUUUCUCUGCCUCGCUCGCUGUCUGCGCUCCGAGAAGCCAAGCCUGCAAGUCCAGCACCACCCUCCGAGAUGAAGAAGCUCCAGGGAGCUCACCUCCGCAAGCCCAUCACCCCAGACCUGUUGAUGACCCCCAGCGACCAGGGUGAUGUGGACCUGGAUGUGGACUUUGCUGCAGACCGGGGGAACUGGACAGGCAAGCUGGACUUCCUGCUGUCCUGCAUUGGCUACUGCGUGGGCCUGGGCAAUGUCUGGCGCUUCCCCUAUAGAGCCUACACCAAUGGAGGAGGUGCCUUCCUGGUGCCCUACUUCCUCAUGCUGGCCAUCUGCGGCAUCCCCCUCUUCUUCCUGGAGCUCUCCCUGGGUCAGUUCUCUAGCCUGGGACCCCUGGCCGUCUGGAAAAUCAGCCCUCUCUUCAAAGGUGCCGGUGCCGCCAUGCUGCUCAUCGUGGGCCUGGUGGCCAUCUACUACAACAUGAUCAUCGCCUACGUCCUCUUCUACCUCUUCGCCUCCCUCACCAGCAACCUGCCUUGGGAGCACUGCGGCAACUGGUGGAACACAGGCCGCUGCCUGGAGCACAGAGGCUCCAAGGAGGGCAAUGGGGCGCUGCCCCUCAACCUCACCAGCACCGUCAGCCCCAGUGAGGAGUACUGGAGCCGCUAUGUCCUGCACAUCCAGGGCAGCCAGGGCAUCGGCAGCCCUGGGGAGAUCCGCUGGAACCUCUGCCUCUGCCUGCUGCUGGCCUGGGUCAUCGUGUUCCUCUGUAUCCUCAAGGGUGUGAAGUCCUCGGGCAAGGUGGUGUAUUUCACGGCCACAUUCCCCUACCUCAUCCUGCUCAUGCUGCUGGUCCGCGGAGUGACCCUCCCUGGGGCCUGGAAGGGCAUCCAGUUCUAUCUUACCCCGCAGUUCCACCACCUGUUGUCUUCCAAGGUGUGGAUCGAAGCUGCUCUUCAGAUCUUCUACUCCCUGGGUGUGGGCUUCGGGGGUCUCCUCACCUUUGCCUCCUACAACACAUUUCACCAGAACAUCUAUAGAGACACCUUCAUCGUCACUCUGGGCAAUGCCAUCACCAGCAUCUUGGCUGGCUUCGCCAUCUUCUCCGUGCUGGGCUACAUGUCUCAGGAACUGGGUGUGCCUGUGGACCAAGUAGCCAAAGCAGGCCCUGGCCUGGCCUUUGUGGUCUACCCACAGGCCAUGACCAUGCUGCCUCUGUCGCCCUUCUGGUCCUUCCUCUUCUUCUUCAUGCUCCUGACUCUCGGCUUGGACAGCCAGUUCGCCUUUCUGGAGACCAUUGUGACAGCUGUGACCGACGAGUUCCCGUACUACCUGCGGCCCAAGAAAGCUGUGUUCUCGGGCCUCAUCUGUGUGGCCAUGUACCUGAUGGGGCUGAUCCUCACCACCGACGGAGGCAUGUACUGGCUGGUCCUUCUGGAUGACUACAGUGCCAGCUUCGGGCUGAUGGUGGUCGUGAUUACCACGUGCCUCGCUGUUACCCGGGUGUACGGCAUCCAGAGGUUCUGCCGAGACAUCCACAUGAUGCUGGGCUUUAAGCCCGGCCUCUACUUCAGAGCCUGCUGGUUGUUCCUGUCCCCAGCCACACUCCUGGCCCUGCUGGUGUAUAGCAUCGUCAAGUACCAGCCCUCAGAGUAUGGCAGCUACCGCUUCCCCGCCUGGGCCGAGCUGCUGGGCAUCCUCAUGGGCCUGCUGUCCUGCCUCAUGAUCCCAGCUGGCAUGCUAGUGGCUGUGCUUCGAGAGGAGGGCUCUCUCUGGGAGAGGCUCCAGCAGGCCAGCCGGCCAGCCAUGGACUGGGGCCCAUCGCUGGAGGAGAACCGAACAGGCAUGUACGUGGCCACGCUGGCUGGAAGCCAGUCACCAAAACCGCUGAUGGUACACAUGCGCAAGUACGGGGGCAUCACCAGCUUCGAGAACACAGCCAUCGAGGUGGACCGAGAGAUUGCUGAGGAGGAGGAGUCCAUGAUGUGAGGCAGGAGGCCGGUGGUCGGGAGGCCCUGUCGGGAGCCAAACAGGCCCUUCCUGGGGGCUGGAAGAGGUGGCCGUGACUCCUGAGGUUCUGGGAAGCUGUAGGUGGUUGCUACAGAGAUGCUGGUGUCCUCAGGGCAAGUCCAUGUCCCUCCUGUGACCUCUGUCUCACCUGAACUCUCUAUCCAGUCCCCUACACACACACACACACACACACACACACACACACACACUCACAAACACACACACCAUUCAAAGUGAGAGGAAGUCAGUUGAGCCCUCACUUUGCAGAUAGACACUUGAGGCCAAAGAGGGAGGGCCUGGCCCAAGGUCACUGGGCCAAGAGGACUUGACCCCAGGCCUCUGAACUGUCGCUCUCUUUCUCUUGGGGCAGUAGGCACCACAUUCCCAUCUUCAUUCAGCGCCCAGAUCUUCCCUUUGCUCCAGAAGCUGUCCUUCCACACUUUCGCACAACCCUAACUUGCACCUGGGGUUCAGGGGAGCCAUGGGCACUCGAAGCUCCCAAGUCCCUGGGAGUUAAAAGUCAAUAAAUUAAGUGCGGAGAAAGAUCCCUGUGGGUUCCUGUGUAGGCCAGGGUCCCUGAAGGGCGUGGGAGCCGAGGGUCCUGGGAGAGGGAGAGGUUUGCAGAGAGAGAGAGAAAGGAAGGAGGGCCUCUGCCAGAGCUGCCUGGUGGGACCAGGAGGAAGCCGACCUGCUGGGGUGGAAACAAGAGUGGCCAUAGAUGCUGGUGUUAGGUCAAAAGGGUUCA